AUGAGGUUGACUACAUCUGUUCUUCUGUGGGCGGCUACAUCAGUGCUCCAGGCUGAUGCUACUCAGACUUAUCGCAGCCCAACCGGACCCGAAGGUUACGGAGCAUACCCUCCAAGGUACACCGUUUCGUACACCACUAUCACCUCAACAAGCACUAUUCAUAGCUGCCCGCCUCGAACAACAACCCUCUUCACUUCCUCUCCGCCUCCUGAUGAUGGAUGCAAGUUUCCUGGCUGCCCCAACAAGCCGCCGAAACCCGGCAAUGAUGUGCACUGUGAUAUAUAUUGCUGGGCAAAGGGGUGUUCGCUAUGCAAAAAUGAUACCUGUCCUAAGCAAGGUGGUAUCUAUAAACGCCGUGAAGAUGUGAAAAAUAUCUUUGCUCGUAGCACUGGGAGUGUUGAAGGAUACAAUUACAACCCGGAAACGACCUGCUGCUGUUGCUGUGAGCCUGGAGGUGGCAAGCAUACAGUUACUGUUACCAAAACCAAGACCGAAACAAAAACGGAGACCGCCAGUAUCACCAAGAUUAUUACUGACUAUGUCACCAAGACGGUGCUGAUCCCCACAACGGUCCUCGAGCCAACUACCAUCGUUGAUCCCACAACAGUGCCCACUACGGUGCCGACGACUAUUCCUACCACCGUUUACAAUGAGACCACUAUCCAUGAUUCAACUACCAUCUCCACAACUGUUAUUCAGCCUACGACAAUCUCGGCCACGACCACGCUUACAACCACAUUCACAACCGUCGUGCCCACUUACAUAACGACAACCACGUUUGGAACUGUCACGUCAGUGGUAACUGUUAUGGUACCUACUACCGUCACUUCAACCUACGUUUCUACGAUGUACACUACCCUACCAGGUACAACUCUCACCACUUCAGUUACGGUACCAGGGCCUACCGUGACUCCUCCUCCUGUUACACUGCCACCGGAGACUGAAAUCAUCACUCUGCCUGCAUCUACUGUUACAAAGGUGACUACGCUUCCAGCAAGCACCAUGACGGUGACCAGCACAUUGCCUGCUAGCACGAUUACCCAAUCCGGAACCACAGUCACCCUUCCUGGAAGCACUACGGUGAUAACUUCGACAAUUCCCGCCUCGACGAUUACCCAGACCUACACUGAGCCUGGAACAGUGAGCACGGUCACUAGCACUCUACCUCCGGAGACUCAUGUAAUUACCCUGCCGGGUUCGACAAUCACCAAGGUUACCACCCUUCCUGGAACCAUCAUGACAGUGACUCAAACGUUGCCUGCCAGUACCGUAACCCAAUCUGGAACUACAGUGACAAUCCCUGCCAGCACAACAGUGAUUACAACCACUUUGCCAGCAUCGACCAUAACCCAGACACUGACAGAGCCAGGAAAGGAAAUUACUGUCACCAAGACCAAUACAGUAACUACAACAACAACGAGUCUCUCCAUAUCUCUCUGCCCAACCCGCACUGCCAACCCAACAUAUACUCCAUUGGCGCCGCUUCCAUCGAACUACAUUUGGGGAUGUCCUCCUGGACAACUUUGCAGACCAAAGCGUACUCCCGCGGACGGACAGUGUAACUUCGAGGUUGGACUUCCAAGUCAGAACUUUGUUUGUAGCCCCGAUGAGUGUAUUCCUAGCCCUCCAAGACACCCCCCACAGAAAUGGACGCCUGGUAAGGUUGAGAAGUGGGUUGUUUCUCCCGGCUACUUCAACAUUGACCCAAGAAAAUUCGGCCUUACGUUUGAUAUCUUCUCGUUUGAGAAUGUGACGGCAACCUCUCAAGGUUAUUUCCGUCGCUCCUUGUCCGCUCUUUUCAAACGCGGUCCUGAGAUUGUGGCCGGCGAAUGUUACGAUGAGUGUAAUUCUGCCGCGACUGAAGCAGAAGCCAUUGGAGCAGAUCCCGCGCUGUGCAAGCCGGACUCUCUGUUUAUGAAGCUUGUUGGGCAGUGCAAGAAAUGCACUAAUGAUAGAUCCAACGGCACAUACUCAGACUUUGACACUGUUCUCUUCCCAGAAUUCCAGAAAUGGCUUGAUUACUGUGACACCCUUCCUAUCCCCAGUGGCCCUACGACUAGGCCUGAGCCUGGAAUGACCUCUUCUACCACAUCGUCGCCUACUCAUUCGACAGUUAUUACCUCUAUGACUUCCAUGACAAUGUCAAAGUCUUCUACCCCAACGCGAUCUUCUUCAACUGCGACAACGAGUGAAACUUCCUCUACUGAAUCAAGCAGGACUUCUAGUGAAUCAUCAACUGAGUCGCCGACAGAUCCAUCAACUACAGAAAGGACUAGGACCACUUCUACAGCUGAGUCCACGGAGACAACGGAGCCUACUUCGACGGAUGCAUCGACGGAGUUAACAUCUACCGCCACACAUUCAAGUACUGGAAGCGAUCCAGAGUCAACCAAUACGCGCCAUCCAUCGUCCACGGCCAGCGGUUCGACUACCACUCGUGGCGGUGGGGGUGGACAUGGCUCCUCUUCCUCUGAGGGCCCUGUCCCCACUAGCAUGGGCACACACACUACUACCGGGGGCGGCUCCAUCCCUGGCUCAGGGACUGGCAUCCCACCUUCGUCUUCCACAGACCCUGUUCCAUUCCCUGGAGGUGCAGGAUCCCUCUCCCCUUCAACUUGGGGCAAGGUUGUGACUUGUAUCUCCGGCAUGGCAUUACUCGUUGCAUUUAUAUAA